CAUUUGGUAAAGGUCCAGCACACCAUCACCAGAGCCGCCUAUUUUCACUGGCUUGACACUCCCACACAAUAUGUAUAAAAAGAGAAAUCCACGGUGAUUUCUUUUAAUAAAAGAGCAGUUCAUCAAAGGAACUUCUUGGUCUUAUUAACAGGAUGUUUCUACUUUCCAGAGUGAAAAUGGUGGAUUAUGAAGUGACCAUAUCAACUUCCUUUCUCGACAAUGCCGGCACUUCAGACAAUGUCUUCAUUAAGCUGGUGGGCAGAGACGGGAAGAGCGAACACACGAAACUCGAAGGAGGUUCAUCCUUCGCCAGAGGGGCAGUGUCUCAUUUUACCGUGUCCUGCCCUGCCUCCAUUGGAAAGCUGCUCCAGAUACAGCUAAACAAACAGCAUUUCCCAGAGUUUCCAGAAGACUCUAAAUGGUGGCCAACCAAGGUGGUGGUGAAAUCCCCUGAGGGAGACACCUACAAGUUUCCCAUCUGCCGCUGGAUCAAUGACUCUGAGGUGUACUGCUUCACAGAGGAAAGAGUUAAUAUAAAGUCUACAGUUGAAUCGGAGGUCAAUGAACGCAAAUGGGGCAAGACCUAUCCGGUGAACGACGACUAUCGCUGGCAUGAGCCUGAAGAGAAAAUACCCCACUACCUGGAGGCUGAAAGCUUUGAAUCUCUGCCUGAUGGCAAAUUCUCCUACUGCAAGGACAAAGAGUUUGACUGCACGUUAUACUCUGGUCUGGCUGAGAUAUACCUGAAGGGACUCGAUAAUAACAAGGAGACCUGGGCUGAUCUUGACGAUAUCAAUGGGGUGUUCUUGUUCAAACGGACUGACAUAUCAGACUAUGUCCAGAAACAUUGGAAGGAGGAUGCUUUUUUUGGCUACCAGUAUCUAAAUGGUGUCAAUCCCAUGUUGAUCCGGCGUUGUUCGGCUCUGCCCGAGAACUUUCCUGUGACUGACGACGCGGUCUCCCUCAGCUUGACAGAUGAAAUGAAGGAAGGCAACAUAUUCCUGUGUGACUACAAGAGUUUGGAUGGACUGACACCAAACACCAUCGAUGGGAAGAAGCAGUACUUGAUGGCUCCCCUGGUCCUGCUCCACAAAACACCUGACAAAAAGCUGAUGCCGAUUGCUAUUCAGCUGAAACAGACUCCAGCAGAUGACAACCCCAUCUUCUAUCCUACCGAUUCUGAGUAUGACUGGUUGAUGGCCAAGAUUUUUGUGAGAGGAGCAGAUUUCCACGAGCAUGAACUCAAUGUUCACCUGCUGCGCACUCAUCUGCUGGCUGAAGUCUUUGCAGUGUCACUGCUGCGCAACGUGCGGGAGUGGCAUCCACUUUACAAGCUCCUCGUACAUCACACUCGCUACACGCUGCAUAUCAACUACAAAGCUCGAGAGCUUCUAAUAUCGGGGACUGGAUUUUUCAAACAGUAUGCAGCUUCUGGUGGAGAUGCUAUGAAGAGACUCCUGGAAGGAUCAACGGCCUCACUGACCUACAGCUCCCUCUGCAUACAUGAAGACAUUGCUGAGCGAGGGCUGGAGGCUGUGCCGAACUUCCACUACAGGGAUGAUGGACUCAAGCUCUGGGAUAUCAUCCACAGGUUUGUGCAGGGAAUUCUCAGCUUCUACUACAGGACUGACACUAAGGUCCAGAACGACACAUUAGUGCAGAGGUGGAUUUCGGACAUUUUUAAACAUGGAUUCCUUUCCCAAACAGGCACAGGAAUUCCUCAGAGCUUCACCACCGUGAAAGACUUGGUCAAGUUUGUCACCAUGGUGAUCUUCACUUGCUCAGCACAGCACUCGGCUGUGAGCGCUGGACUGUAUGACUAUGGUGGCUGGAUGCCCAACAAUCCCACCACCCUGCGACUUCCUCCACCAACCAGAAAGGGGACAACAAGUGAGGACACGAUGCUGAAGACAUUGCCUGUGAAGGGCACGACAGCUAACGAAAUGGCUGUCCUUUGGCUACUUAGCAAGCAGUCCUCUGACUCGGUCUUUCUUGGUCAGUACGGGAACGACCAUUUCAGUGAGGAGAUUCCCCGCCAGCUGAUGAAGGCUUUUCAAGGAAGGCUUCAAGUGUUAAGUGCAUACAUCAAUAUCAGAAACAAGAAUCUGAAGGUCCCAUACAGAUACCUGGAUCCAGAUGUGGUAGAAAAUAGUGUGUCCAUUUGAAUGUCAGAAGGUGUGACCUCCUCAGCUGUUGGCCAAAUUCAGCUACAUAUAAACAAAGUGGGAAAGGGAAGUUCUGUUCUGUCUGUAAUUUCGUUACAGCUUAAUUGAUUUAACCGUGGGGAAAAUGUUCUGUUUUAAAUCAUAAUCCACAUCUUAAGUCUUCUUCUUAGUUUGUCAAUGGAUA